GGCACCCCAGCUCCCCUCCUACCAGGCCGCCUGGCCCACGGGACCAGGGCAGCCGGUGCCGUGAUGCCAGGCCAGCCCGCACAAGGGGCCAGACCCCCCGGGGCACCACGCACGGCUCUCGGGGCGGUGGCCUUGCAAAUUCACCUCUGCUCACGGGGCGGCGGGGGCAAGACCCUGGAUGGAGCACCAUGCUGGCGAGGGGGGCAGGCAGCAGACCCCAGCCCCAGCUCGCCCAGCCAAAAGCCCACAGCUUUCCUGCAUGGAGAGCAAUAAGUCUGGGGCUGAAACCCAGGUGAAGCCCCUUUAGGAGCCAGCCUUGCUCGAUUAUGAUGAGACCCAGCUGGGGUGGGGAUGGGGGGAGGGAAACAGGUGUUUCCUAUAAAGGGCUGAGCCGAGAGCCGUAGGGGGCAUGUUGUUUUUUUGUGACAAGCCCUGCAGCAGCGUGAGCAGUCUCUGGGUCCCUGCCGUCUGUGCUGGGCAAGGGAACAGCUCUGCUCUACGUGAGGGUUUUGGUUGAAUUAAUAGGCUGCUCCUCCGGAGAAGGGGCUGGGGGAGAGGUAGCGGGGGCAGCACGCGUCCCGCCGCUGCCAGCGAAGAGCCUGUGUCAUCCGCGUGGGGCGGGGGUGCCCACGGGGUCCAGGCGUGGCACGGGUGCAUCCGACCGCGAGCAUCCUGGGCAAAGCCGGGUGCCAGGCCGAGGCGGCCCCUUGGCGAGCUUGCAGGGGAGCAGGAGCCGGCUCUCGGAGAGGGGAACCGCAGCUGGGGGAGCAAAAUGCAACCCAAGGCAUUCAUUUUCCAUGGGUCCAAACAGCACGAGUUUAUCAGCAGCGGCAGAAGCGCCGCGCUUCCUGUCUCGCAAACCCGUCAGGACGUGGUCCCGCAGCCCUGGGCCGAUGGCAGCGAGUCCCUGCAGAGAGAGGCCGAGCGGUUCCUUGCCUACAUCAGCACCCCACAGCUGCCUUGCUCCAGGGCUCUGAGCCAAGCGGGGCCCAAGGCCUUCGCGGACAGCACCCGGGGGCCCUGGCGCGUGUGCCUGGAUCACCUGCCCAGCCUGGCCCCGAAGCCACAGCAGCAGAGGUGCCUGGCAUACACCUUCAGCGUGGUCAAAAGGAGCUCCGAGUUUGCCCGGCGGAUGAAUGAAAUGGGGUGUCAAGUGCACAGCUUUGGCUGGACCCCCGACCGGCGCGCCGAGGAGCGCUGGCAGGAGGGACGUGUCCAGCAUCACCGCGUGUGGCUGGACUGGCACGAGCAACCCCCGUCCGCUUCGUCGCGGAGGCAGAGGAGCGCGUCCAAGAGGCUGAGCCGGAUCAUGGAAAGCCUGGGCCAUGAGAAGAUCGACGUGCUGGAAGCCGACUUGGCCAGCGCAGAGUGGAAGAUCCUGGAGAGCAUCCUCCUGGACGGCACCGUGGCCGCCGUGCACCAGCUGAUCCUCACCCUACACCUCCACUGGCCCGGGUUCGAGGUGAGCGGGAGCAGCGCCGCGGUGGUCCGGCAUUGGUACAGCUUGCUGAAGGCGCUGGAGGCCAGGGGCUUCCGGCUCUUCCACAGCUACAAGGACCUGCAGAAGCCGCAGCGGUUCCUGCACUGGGAGCUCCUCAACGCCAGCAGCUCCUACACGCUGGGCUGGGUCAACACCAGCUGGAUGUACUAAGAGGGGGUGGACUGUGGAGCGGGCCUUGUUUGCACCUGGCCCUGGUUUGUAGGUCCCAGCACAUCCUGGAGCGAGCACCCUUGCUCCCCACGCGUGGGUGACGCAGGCAGCGGGUUCCCGAGGAACCCGCGGAGCUCUCCGAGGCCCGCAACUCGGACGGUGGGCGGAUGUCGGAUUCAGGGGGAUGCCUGAACUGGACCGAAACCAGCUCCACGGUGCCGAGACAUGCUGGAGCCCCACGUACCAUGUGCCCGUAUCCCCGCUGCGCUGCCCUGGGGUGCAGAUGACGAGCGCCCUGCUCGCAGUCUCCCUAAUCAAUGCCAGUGCCUUGCUGUUGAGCUCCAGGAGCUCGGAUAAUAAGCCCUGCUGAUGCCUCCUGGGAGGAGACGCAGCAAUGCUUCUGCCCGCAGCUUGCAUCGGUCCCCCCCACCCCUCCAGCCAGCGAGGGCCAAAACGGCUCUGGGGAGUAAGCACGAUGCAGUCCUUCCCUGCGCCCUGCUGCUUGGGAGCCCUUCUAACCGGGAUCAUUAGGGUGGCUGAAGUGGGAAAUCCUGCAAAGGUUGCAGGAACCAGCAGCAGCCUGGCCUGAUGCAAUUAGGGCAGCUGGGAUUUUCAACCAAGCCAAAGGGAGUGACCCAAUAAGAGCCUGCUCACGUUUGAUGGGGGAGUUUGGUCUCCCUGCUCCCAGAGACUCCUCUCCAAACCCCAGCGAACAUCUCAACCGAAUGACAGGGGGUUUCAGAGUCCCGCCAGCCCCCCAAGACCCUCCAUGAAAGCAGGCAGGGGCUCUCUGGAGAGCCGGCUGCAUCGUGAGAGCAUCUCCUGCCGGCUGGGUGGGAGCUCGACGGGGCCCGCUGCUCUCCUGCAGUGCCGGCAGGUCUGCUUCCCGCCACCACAAAGCAGUGCAGCAUUUCCAAUCUCAUGGCAAAAGUAGGGGGGGCGGAAAAACCCCUACACUUUUUUUGAGCAACCAAAGAAAAAUUCCAGUUCCAAUUUUGGGUCAGGUCAGGUCCAGUUUGCUUUCAUCUACAUGCCUAGGUUCAAACCGCUAGCGCGCAACCAUGCUACAGAAUGGCAUUUAAAGCCAAUUCGACUUGCGCGCUUCCCUGGGGCGAGGCCUAGUUCCUUGAGGGGCUCUUCUUUUUUUUAUUUAUUUAUUUUUUUUUAUUUACACUUUAUUGCUCUUGUUUUUGUGGCUGCUCUCUCUGCUGGAGCGCACAAAAUCCUUCAGAUCUCGGCUGGCAGCAGAGAUCCGCCUAAUCAUAGUCAUUAUCUGGUAGCAGGUAAU